AUAUAUUAUUAUAUAAAGAAAAAUGGAUUCCACCGGCACCGCCGUAAUUCCUCCGACACUGCUUCACAACGGCAACCUUCCGACCGAAUUUGUCUGGCCACACGCCGACUUAGCCGCCAUUGUCGACGACCCAGAAGAGCUUCAAGAGCCAUUGAUAGAUUUAGCUGGAUUCCGACGAGGGGACGCGGCGGCGACGGCGGACGCGGCGGCGAUGAUCCGGGUGGCGUGUAGGAACCACGGAUUGUUCCAGGUGACGAACCAUGGGGUGGACCCGGAUCUGAUAAGGGCGGCGUACGAACAGGUGGAGAUGAUAUUCAAAAUGCCAUUGGGGAAGAAGAAAAGCGUGGGAAAGAAGGCAGGGAGAGUGUGUGGAUAUUCAGGAGCUCAUGCUGACCGAUUCAGCUCCAAGCUGCCUUGGAAAGAAACCUUCUCUUUUGAGUAUUGUAGCGAUGAUUCUCAACGCCUCCAUGUUCUUCAUUACUUCAAAUCCUUCUUGGGACAAGAUUUCGAGAAAACCGGAUGGGUAUACCAAAAAUACUGCGAGGAAAUGACAAGAACAGGGCUAAUGAUAAUGGAGCUUCUAGCAAUAAGCUUGGGCGUAGAGCGGCUCCAUUACAGGAAGUUCUUCGAAGAUGGAAGGUCCAUUAUGAGAUGCAAUUACUACCCACCAUGCGAGAACGCCGCCCUGACCUUCGGCACAGGCCCUCACUGCGACCCAACAUCCCUCACCAUCCUCCAUCAGGACCAAGUUGGUGGCCUUGAAGUGUUCGCUAACAACACUUGGCUCUCUGUCAAGCCCAGACCAGAUGCUUUGGUUAUUAACAUUGGAGACACUUUUAUGGCACUGUCGAACGGGGCGUAUAAGAGCUGUCUGCAUAGGGCAGUAGUGAACAGGAAGAGAGUGAGGAGGUCAUUGGUGUUCUUUGUGUGCCCAAAAGAUGAUAAAGUGGUGCAACCCCCACGAGAUUUGGUGGGCAGAGAAGGGCCAAGACAGUACCCUGAUUUCACAUGGUCAGAUCUUUUGGAGUUUACACAAAAACAUUACAGAGCUGAUGUUGCUACACUACAAAGCUUUGUUCAUUGGCUGCGAUCUUCACCUUCCACCAAUUCCAUUUGAAAUUUCAUUAUAAACCCUUUGUCUUUUUUCUUACUUUGUUCUUAUUCAUAUUCUCUGUGUUUUGCCCAUUCUUCUGCUGCUAUAUAAUGCCCUUUUACCAAAGCCA